CCACGGAGAGUCUCUAACCUCCCGAUCCAUAUCCCGGAACAUCUUAUUUUUGCUGCGCGCUGAUGACGACCGCGACGACGGUAUAAAGAACGGCCGAUACCGCCCGGCUCUCCGCGUUCCGAUCUCCGAUCCCCCUCAUUUCAAUGCCUCGGAUCCUCCGCUGGACAAUGAGCAGACCACGGAUCCUGUUCCUCUCUUGCAUCGGCAUCGCAGUGGCUCUAACUGCUAUGCUCUACGGCAACCUCUUUCGCCCUUCAGUCAGCUUCGCCUUCUCCAAAACCAUGGCUACAUCCAAAGCAGCUCGCCGGCCCGUCAUCGUCGUCGGCUCCGGCCUCGCCGGCCUCUCCGCCUCGUACGAGGCUCUCGCCCGUGGCGCUCCCUCCGUCCAUCUACUGGACCGCGCGCCGAAGCCCGGCGGUAACAGUAUCAAGGCGUCGUCCGGCAUCAACGGCGCGGGGACGCGGUUCCAAAUCGCACAGGGCAUCGCCCAAGAUAACCUCUUCUACAGCGACACGGUGCGCUCCGCCGGCGCCCGUUUCAGCGAUGCCAGCCCGCCCGUCGACCGCAAGGCCCUCGUCUCCAAACUCACAGCAGAGUCCGCCGCAGCUGUCAACUGGCUUGUCGAUGAGAUCGGCGUGGACCUGAGCGUCGUCGCUCCUCUAGGCGGUCACAGCAUCGCUCGCACCCACCGUGGCGGCGGCAAGAUGACCCCCGGCGCUGCCAUCGUCUUUGCCCUGCUCGGCAAACUCAAGGAAAACGAAAAGUUCACUCUCACCAACCUAGCCGAAGUCAAGGCCUUGUUGAGCGAGGGUGACGCCGUCAAGGGUGUCGAGUACGUCCUUGACGGCCAGACGCAGAAGCUUGAAGGAACAGUCAUGUUCGCAAGUGGUGGUUUCGCAGGCGAUGCCACCGGCCUGCUCGCAAAGUACCGCCCCGAUCUCAAGGGCAUCCCCUCGACCAACGAAGAGCGACCCGGGUCGCACAGCAUCCUCACGGCCGUAGGCGCCGAACUCCUCGACAUGGACAGCGUGCAGAUCCACCCCACCGGCUUCGUGGACCCCGCCAGUCCCAACACGAUGCUCAAGUUCCUCGCUGCCGAGAUGUUGCGUGGCGAGGGUGGCAUCUUGCUCUCGUCCGCUGGUGAGCGCUUCGUCAACGAGAUGGAGACCCGCGAGCACGUCAGCGCUGCCGUCAUGAAGCUGCCGCAGAGCACCGACGGUGACGGCAUUAUCCAGCAGUGGGAUGUGACCCUGCUACUCGACCCGGGCGCAACUGAGGCAUCUGCCAACCACAUCGGCUUCUACGAGUGGAAGGGCCUGCUCAAGAAGGUCAAGGUCCGCGACCUCCAGCCCGCCGUCAUCGCCGCAGUCGACAAGUACGCCAAGGCCGUGGCCGAGGGUGCUAAAGACGAAUUCGGACGUAGCACGUACGGUCGAUGGACGCUGAAGGCCGGCGAGGAGAACCGCGAUGAAGAUAUCUACAUUGGCCGUGUGACUCCCAUUGUCCAUUUCACCAUGGGUGGUGUCGCCUUUGACGAGCAAGGUCACGUAUUGCGUCAGCGCGACGGAAAAUUGGUUCCCAUCCCCGGACUGUUGGCUGCUGGCGAGAUCACUGGCGGUAUUCACGGUGACAAUCGGUUGGGAGGGUCUUCUUUGCUGGAAUGUGUUGUUUUCGGUCGCGCGGCGGGAGUUGAAGCUGCGGCUUCUUCCUCCUAAGCAUUGCCUUCGAAAUCAGCUGUGUACUAUACUCACAUAGUGUGAGGUGCGACUCUGAUGGGGUUUUGCCCCUUGUUCCAGAAUAAACAAAUCGAUACAUUAACUGCAUUGAAUACAAUUUCAUCAGCUUCAUUACUCGGUUGCUCACUACUUUUAACUGCAUGCUC